CGGAGGCUGCAGGCUGAAGGAGCAGAGCGGAGCGGGGCGUCCUGACAGCAGCAGGAGACGGAACCUGUCCGAACGACACACUAACACACAGUUUUCUUGUGAGCAGAGCGCAGGAGGGAGGAUCAUCAGCACCAUCACCAGCUGUGGCUCUGAGGGAAGUUUUACCAUGUCUGGAUCCUACUGCAAAAGUUUGUACCCUUUCGGCGGGGAGCAGCACCAGCAAGGACUGAGCUUCGAGGCCGGGGAGAUUAUUAAGGUGGUCCAGGCUCUGCCCGGAGGAUGGUGGGAGGGAGAGAAGGACGGCGCCCGGGGAUGGUUCCCUUCAAGUUAUGUCCAGAUGCUGGAGAGGACAGCAUCUCUGAGUCAUCUUCCUGUGGAGGACCUCAGAGACCCCCUGCCUCCUCACUGGAGAUGCUACAUGUCUCCACAAGGACGGCGAUACUAUGUUAACACCACAAACAACGAGACUACAUGGGAGAGACCGUCCAGUGCACCAGGGACCCCCAAAAACUCCUUUAGACACAAGAACUCACUGCCAGCAGUGAAUGGAUUUCACUCAGGUGGUAGUCCCUUGCAUCAUGUGGAGCACUCGCAUAACAGUCUGGUUAGGAAGAGCAGCACAGAGCCUCAGAGCCCGGGAUCGACGUCGCCCACCAGGAAACAGAACAAGGAGACCACAGUCACGAUUAACUGUGUGACGUUUCCAUCACCUGCCUGCAUGCCCGAGCAACAGCUGCUGAAACCAAACGAAUGGAGCUACUGUGACUACUUCUGGACUGAUAAGAAGGAUCCCCAGGGCAGUGGCUGCAUCACAGGAUUUGAGAUUUUGCUACAGAAACAGCUGAAGGGGAAACAGAUGCAGAAAGAGAUGGCCGAGUUCAUACGAGAAAGGAUAAAGAUAGAAGAGGAAUAUGCCAAGAAUCUCUCCAAGCUCUCUCAGAUCCCUCUAGCCGGCCAGGAAGAAGGGACUCUGGGGGAGGCUUGGGCCCAGCUGAAGAAGAGCCUGGCAGAUGAAGCUGAAGUUCACCUAAAGUUCUCCUCAAAGCUCCAGAGUGAGGUGGAGAAGCCUUUUCUGACCUUCAGGGAGAACUUUAAGAAGGACAUGAAGAGGUUCGACCAUCACAUCGCCGAUCUACGGAAGCAGCUGGUUGGUCGCUAUGCAGCUGUAGAGAAGGCCCGUAAAGCUCUGGCUGAUAGACAGAAGGAGCUGGAGUUAAAGACUCAGCAACUGGAGAUCAAACUCAGCAACAAGAUUGAAGAGGACAUCAAGAAGGCCCGUAGGAAAUCCACACAAGCAGGAGAUGAUCUGAUGCGCUGUGUUGACCUGUAUAACCAGUCCCAGUCCAAAUGGUUUGAGGAGAUGGUCACCACAAGCCUGGAACUGGAGCGACUGGAGGUGGAGCGGGUGGAGAUGAUCAGACAACAUCUUUGCCAGUACACCACCCUCCGGCACGAGACAGAUAUGUUCAACCAAAGUACCAUGGAGCCGGUGGUCCAGCUCCUGCAGUCUGUGGAUCCAUCCAGAGACAGGGAGCUGUGGGUGCGCGAGAAUAAAACAGGAGAAAUCAGACCAGUGGAUGUAGAGAUUUGACCUCAGUGCUGACUGACCAACUCCCACCCAGACACAGCCACCCAGAGGCUACAGGCCUGCGGACAUGGCUGAAGACAUGAAGUCUGUGCUGGAGGGAUCACCACACAAAUACAUACACACAAACAUACAAACACACACCGAUCCAUGCCUGACUCCUAACAGACUGAGCAAUGAUCAGUGUUAUGCAAGCUGAUGCUCAACACAGAAGGAAGCUGUGAGUGUGAAGUCUUGACCAAAGGAUACUCAGGUGAGGUGAGUGAUAAGCAGUGAACAUAGAACAUGUUUAAGUGUUGAAGAGCUUUAUGUCCUGCAGCAGUGUAAUGCUAAUACUUCAGAACUGCAAAGAUUUAACAGAUGCUGCUAAGCAAAAUGCAGUCAGACCUAAGAGUGUUGCUAUAUUACUGUGUACCAGAAUAACUGGAAAGUAGUUUAAAACUAACAUGUACCAUGUGCAGGUGUUGACUGUUUGCUAAGCCCCACACACUUCUGUUUUAGCCUGAGAAAUAUGCCGUUUCCAAUAAAAAUGUGAUAAUGGUUACCAUUCAAAAUGAGCAGUAAUAGAGAAAAUGGUCUCAGAAAUAAACAAAACCAGGCUUCUCAUUCCUAACUGAUGACUGGCAGACAUGUCAAGUGUUAGUAGCUGACAUUAAUUUGCUCAAAAAUGAGAAGCUGGUAAAUGGUUCUUAAAUAGGCAUAUAAAGAACAGUUAUCAUCCUCACAUAUUUGUCAUCCAUGUAGAAGCAGAGACUGCUCAUUAAAGAGACGUAGCAACCAUUACAUCACCCUGUUGUUUGUGGACAACUGUCCCGAAGCUCCAAGUUUGGAAUUUUGUCUGUCUUUUGAAACUGGACAUGACUGGUGAGCAGUGGAUCUGACUGAGUAGUCAAGGACAAUGCGCUUGUAGAAAUAGUAACUGUUGCUAUAAGUGACAGUCACACUUUGGUUCCGGGCUUUAGUGAACCGUCAGUUUCUGAAGACUAAUAUCACACAUCUAGCAGCACUUCUUCACACCUGUGAAACAAACGCAGAAAUCAAGAGUUUAAGAACACUUUAGUUAUAUUUCCACCUGUAUUUUACUUCAUUCCUAAUACAAAUUUAAAAUCAGCCAGUUGCACUUUAUUCCCGAAUGAUUUCUAAUAAAUAUGCUGUAAGUUGGUGUUCAUAUGAAAAGUGCUCUAAAGAGAAGUUGUUACUCAUUUGAUCAUGAAUAAGAAGUGUUUCAGACAUGUUCAGGGCGUCUGAUGUAAAUAUACGAGAUGUGUGAUCUGCUAUGAAAGGAGGCAGUAGAGUGAAGAAUGUAAAAUACAGUACAUAGAAUCUCACAGAAAGACAUAUAGACAUUUGGUACUGAUAAUGUAUGAACCAUACAAGUGUUUUAUAUGUAAUAGCAACUUCUCUCUUAAAAUAUUCUAGUUUUGGAAAUAGAAGUCAGUUGCCUUGGUUGGGUUUGGUGUCCGUGCUGCUGCCUGCAGGAGCUACAUGCUGUAAAACUGCUCUUUUACAACCUGUCCUGUCCAGUAUUACUGCUUAGUACUACUUGACCACUGAGAGAAGAGUAUUGAGACAUUUUUUUAUAUUAACAGCUAAAAUUCGACAUUUUUCAUCAAUAAAAUGAAAGUAUGUAUCUCA